GACAGGGAGUGUAGAGACAAGAGAGGCGUGGCACAGCACAUGGCUCACAAACAGCAGAUCAGUAGCCUACAUUUGGCAACGGCUGGGGGAAGCAACUUGAAACCUGACCGAAGAGGAAACUGCACAAAACAACAACAACAAAAGGCUAAUGCAGGUUUUUAUACAAUGGCAGCUGCCACUAACACAUUUGAAAAUGUGAAAGCGGCCGUCUUAUCAGCUCAUAAGUCCACCACAUCAGCAGAAAAGGUCGACUUUUACAACUCCUGGGCAGAGAACUAUGAACAGGAUCUGGAAGUUCUGGAGUACCGUGCACCAAGUCUGGCAGCAGACAGCAUCUCCUCUCAUUUCAGCGGUGACCGUGAAGCAGCUGUAGUGUUGGAUUUGGCCUGUGGCACAGGACUGAUGGCCAAACAGAUGAAGAGACAUGGAUUUGGACAUUUUGUGGGUAUUGAUGGAAGUAAAGCUAUGUUGGAGAUGGCCAGAAAGAGCGGGUUGUACCAGGACCUGAAGCAGUCCAUGCUAGGAGAGGGGCCGCUACCUGUCCAGUGGGGUUUGUUUGAUGUGGUCGUGAUCAUUGGAGCACUGAGUGUUGGUCAGGUCCCGGUUAGUGUCGUCAGAGAGAUGUGCAAGUCCACCAAACCAGGUGGCUAUAUUUGCAUGACAACUAGAAGUAACCAAGACAAUGUGGAGUACAAAGCCGCCCUGGAGUAUGAGCUGAAGCUGAUGGAGGAUGCAGGGCUCUGGACUUGUGUAGAGGUCACUGAGGUGGAAGACUGGGAGAGAGCGGUGUCGGAGCAGGAGGACGGCUAUAUAUCUGGUGCUGUGUACCUUUAUAAGAGACUACAACUAUAGUACAUUGCAGGACAAUGAUGAUGGGACAUCUUAUCAGCAAAGGUACACAACAACUGAAGAAGAUACAAAAUAAAGAUAUGGAGCUCCAGUCGCCAAUGUAAAUAUAAGACUCCAAAUGUUGAUGAAUAAAUGUUUCAUUUUCAUGUUUAACAAUAUUCAUGCUGCAGUAAAAUUGGUAUCUGAAAAAACACUUCAGAUUACUAAAGAUGUACAUUAUCUUGUGGAUAUGCAGUAAAGUCUUCCUAGUAAAAAAUGAUAUGAUGAACAUGA